UAGGUUGGAAGGUGACCCCUAAGUUUGUUCCAAUUUACGGUUUAUACCCUUUUUUCUUUUUAAUUACAGAAACCAAAAAGUAGACUUGUACUCAAAAAGAAAAAGAAAAUGAAAAUGAAGAAUAGGCUGUAGCCGAUAGACUCUGUCUUUUGCUUACGUCUCAUCUUUUUUAAUUACUAUUACUGUUAUUCCUCUGAAGACUGUUAACUGUUUUAGGGUGAUAAUCCGAUUUCAUCCCCAGGACGACGGAGAUUUAGAUCUGAGGUGUUGAACAAAAUUGGAGAUACAUGAUCAGGGCUAUCUGUUGAGUCUGUCUGUGUAUUUUGGGGAGAAAUGGAGGACGUAGGUGCGCAACUGGCUCCUCCCUUAUUCCUACACCAAGUGCUUCCUAGUAGGUUUUGUGAUGCCUCUUCUAUCCCCAAAAAGCGCGAUCUCUCUUACCAGACUCAUCAUUUUCAGCACCACCGCUUUCCUCAAAACCCUAGACACAAUUGGAAUCCUAAAGCCUGGGAUUGGGACAGCGUCCGGCUUCUUGCCAAACCUUUGGACUCCCACUCCAAUAUUUUGCAAUUGGGAACCGCUUCUUCAGUCCACCACAACAAUCACAAUUUGACUUUGAAAAAGCCCCUUCCCGCUGCUGCUGCUGCUGAUGAAGAUGAUAGUCUGCGCUUGAAUCUUGCUGGAGGCUUUCAUUCUGUCGAAGAGCCUGUCUCUAGACCCAACAAAAGAGUCCGUUCCGGAUCUCCUGGGACGGCUACUUAUCCUAUGUGCCAGGUUGAUGACUGCAAGGAAGAUCUCUCAAAUGCAAAAGACUAUCACCGCCGCCAUAAAGUCUGUGAACUACACAGCAAAUCCACUAAAGCGUUAGUUGGGAAGCAGAUGCAGAGGUUUUGUCAGCAGUGCAGCAGGUUUCACCCACUGUCCGAGUUUGAUGAGGGGAAGAGAAGUUGUAGGCGGAGGCUUGCUGGACACAAUCGUCGCAGGAGAAAAACUCAGCCUGAGGAUGUUACCUCACGGCUGCUUCUCCCUGGAGAUCGUGAUACGGUCAGCAGUUCAAACUUAGAUAUUGUGAACUUGUUGACUGCUUUUGCUCGCACUCAAGGAAAGAAUGUGGACAAAAGUGCUAAUAACUCAUCAAUGCCAGACAAAGAACAACUCCUUCAAAUUCUUAGUAAAAUUAAUUCAUUGCCUUUGCCAAUGGAUCUCGCUGCAAAGCUGUCAAAUAUUGGAAGCUUACAUAGAAGAAAUCCUGAACAACCAUCUUCAGAAAACCAAAAUAGAUUUCCCAAUACCACAUCUUCUUCAUCAACCAUGGACUUACUUAAUGUGCUUUCAGCAACUUUGACAGCAUCUGCACCAGAUGCCCUUGCUUUUUUAUCUCAAAGAAGUAGUCAGAGCAUUGACAGUGAGAAAUCUAGACCUGGACCUGAUCAAGCUACUGCUCCUAGUCUUCAGAGGAGACCUAUUAUAGAUUUCCCUGCUGGGGGUUGUGAGAAGAGCAGCAGCUACCAGUCUCCUCCCGAAGAUUUCGACUGCCAGGUCCAAGAAAAUCAUCCUAAUUUGCCGUUGCAGCUAUUCAGCUCCUCACCUGAGAGUAGCAGCCCCCCCAAACUGGCAUCUUCUAGGAAAUAUUUCUCUUCUGACAGCAGUAAUCCGAGUGAAGAGAGAUCUCCAUCAUCUUCUCCUCCAAUGGUACAAAAGCUAUUUCCAUUGCAGAGCCACACAGAGAGUGUUAAGUCCGAAAAGAUGUCAGUCACUAGAGAGGUCAAUGCCAAUAUUGAAGUUAGUAGAAUCCAUGGAAAUGUCUUGCCUCUUGAGCUUUUUAGAGGCUCAAAAGCUGGAACUGAUCAAAGUUCAUAUCAGAGUUUUCCUUAUCAAGCUGGAUAUACGUCUUCCUCUGGGUCUGACCAUUCACCUUCUAGUCAGAACUCUGAUUCUCAGGAUCGCACUGGACGGAUAAUUUUUAAACUUUUUGAUAAGGAUCCCAGCCAUUUCCCUCGAGAACUAAGAGCUCAGAUCUACAAUUGGCUUUCCAACAGUCCAUCUGAAAUGGAGAGCUACAUAAGGCCUGGUUGCGUGGUGUUGUCAAUUUAUUUGUCAAUGUCGUCUGUUGACUGGGAGCAGCUUGAAAAAAACCUCCUUCAGCGAGUUGAUUCUUUGGUUCAAGAUUCAUAUUCUGAUCUUUGGAGAAGUGGAAGGUUUCUAUUGCACACAGGCAGACGACUAGCAUCAUAUAAAGAUGGAUAUGUUCGCUUAUGCAAAUCCUGGAGAACAUGGAGUUCCCCGGAGUUGAUGUUGGUGUCCCCUGUGGCAGUUGUUGGAGGACAAGAAACUUCCCUUCUUUUAAGGGGAAGAAAUCUAACCCACCCUGGCACCAAAAUUCAUUGCACUUUUUUGGGAAGAUACACAUCAAAAGAAGUCAUGGGAUCGACCAUGCCUGGGGCCAGAUAUGACGAGAUAAACAUGAGUGAUUUUACAAUUCAGGGAGUGUCUCCUGGUGCUUUGGGUCGAUGUUUUAUUGAAGUAGAAAAUGGUUUCAAGGGCAAUAGUUUUCCUGUAAUAAUAGCUGAUGCUACAAUCUGUAAGGAACUGAGACUCCUGGAAAGUGAGUUUGAUGAAGAACCUAAAGACACUGAUAUCAUUUCAGAGGAACAAGCUCAGUACUUGGGUAAGCCAAGGUCAAGGGGGGAAAUUAUGCACUUUCUAAACGAACUUGGAUGGCUAUUCCAAAGGAGAGCAUCUUCUAUGCAUGAGCUUCCAGAUUACUCGCUUAGCCGAUUCAAGUUUUUGCUCAUUUUCUCAGUUGAAAGAGACUACUGUGUGCUGGUCAAAACCAUUUUAGACAUGCUGGUGGAAAGAAACAUAGACAUGAAUGGGCUAUCUAAGGAGUCUGUAGAUAUGCUUUCUGAGAUUCACCUUGUGAACAGGGCUGUAAAAAGGCGAUGCAGGAAAAUGGUGGACCUACUGGUCCAUUAUUCCAUUAAUAGCAGUGAUGUUCCCUCAAAAUGCUACAUUUUCCCACCAAAUCUUGCAGGACCUGGAGGUAUAACCCCUCUGCAUUUGGCUGCAUGUACAUCGGGUUCAGAUGAGUUGGUGGAUGCUCUGACAAAUGACCCACUUAAGAUUGGGUUGUCCUGUUGGAAAUCCCUUUUGGAUGCAAAUCAGCAGUCUCCAAAUGAUUAUGCUAUCAUGACAAAUAACCAAUCCUAUAAUCUACUGGUGGCUUGUAAACUAGCUGACAAAAGAAAUGGUCAAGUUUCUGUGACAAUUGGUAAUGAGAUAGAGAGAUCAUUGUCUUUAAGGUUGACUUCAGACUUUGAGCAACAGCGUAGAUCUUGUGCAAAGUGCGCAAUGGUGGCAGCAAAAUGCAACAGGAGGAUUAUGGGUUCACAAGGCUUGCUUCAGCGCCCCUACAUUCAUUCAAUGCUCGCCAUUGCUGCUGUGUGUGUCUGUGUCUGCCUGUUCCUAAGGGGUGCCCCAGAUAUUGGCUCAGUUGCUCCUUUCAAGUGGGAAACAUUGGAUUAUGGUACUAGUUAGUGAUUUUAUGCAAUCUUUUCAGGGAGAGAAACAUAGGAGUCAAAGAAAUAACGUUUACGGAGCAGACGAGAAUUCGCAAUCAAACUAAUGUUCCUAUGAUACUGAAAAUUCUGGAAAGUAGAAUAAGAGCCGUUAGGACAAAGGAUUCUUUGCCUGCUAAGCAAACAGCGAAGGAGAUAGGGGCAGCUGCCUUUUUUGGCAUCAAAGAGUGCAUACACUGCUGCUGAAAGAAGUGGACUUUUGGAUGUUAUAGGUGCAUGCUCUUUGACUGGAGUAUAAUAUUUAAUUGAGAACAUGUGAAAUAUUUUUCUGGAUUGUGGAAGUCUUUGGCUCGAGAGACGCAGAAACAGGACUGGCAUAUGAUAUGCAGAAGAGCAGAAUUGUGAAGCAUUAGGGUUUCCUUGUGCUGAAAGUGAAGCCCAAUUCUCAGAUUCAGGGAUACAGAGCAGAAGGCGAAAAAUGUUGAUCUUUGAGGCCAUUUCCUUAUUUUAUUUAUUUUUCUUUAUACAUCUUUCUCUACUUUGUUACAAUUGAAAGUACCUGAGUUUACUGACAGUAUCUUUGAGAUAUGUUUAGUGUAUAAAGUUGAUCAUUAGGGUCAAUAACCAAACUAAUAAUAUUGUAGAUGAAAUAGGAUAAUAUUUUUUAAAUUAUAUUGGAAAUAACAGGUAUGCUCUUUGAAUAGUUGCUAUUCCUGAAGCAUUCCAAGUUAAUGUA